UGUGUAUUCAGGUCUCACGGCCUCGCUUCUGAGAUGAUGAAGAAAAGAAGGAAAAACGGCCAUGCUGAAAAGGGCCAUGGCCAUGUGCAGCCUAUUCACUGCACGAUCUGCGCUCGGUGUGUGCCCAAGGACAAGGCUAUUAAGAAGUUCGUCACCCAAAACAUAGUAGAGGCCACAGCCAUCAGGGACAUCUCCGAAGUAAGUGUCUUCGAUCCCUAUGUGCUCCCCAAGCUGUAUGUGAAGCUACAUUACUGUGUGAGUUGCGCCAUUCAUGGCAAGGUAGUCAGGAACCGAUCCCGUGAAGCUCACAAGGACUGA